GUAUACCGAGCAAGCAGGAUUCAUUCACGUAUACGAGCGCAACGCGCAAUAAUUUAAUCUUUAGCAGUUCGUCUCGAGUGUCUUGAGUAAACGGUAUUGAUUAUUUAGCAGAAACGUUUAAUUUCACUAAUUUCUCGCAAGUUCCAAUUGUUUUUAAAUACAUUGUUCUACUUAGUUAAUGGUUGUGUUAGACUAGUUUCCUGGCAAUUUGAUCGGAUUGCAUACUUCCAGACAGGAAUUGAGUGAAGAAUGGCGGAACCAUUGCUGAAUUCAUGUUGCCGGUGUUACUCCCUGAAGACUGGAUCAAUCAUUUCCGGCGUGAUGGGAAUCAUUCUGUCCAUUAUUUCAAUAAUUUUAAUUUUUACAACGAGAGUGGAAUUUAAAACAAUACUGAUGGAUUGGUUACCACAAAAUGUGGUGAAAAUUAUUUUUGCAUUGAACCUUUGCAUGACUAUUCUGAUCUCAUUGAUAAUGAUACUCGGCGUAAUCAAGAAAAAUCACUACCUUAUGAUGCCUUGGGUGAUACUUGGAAUAAUGCUGGCAAUUGGGUUGCUAAUAAGUGUCAUUUAUACUGCCGUUGUUUUCUUUAUCGAUGGAUUCGUACUAGGUGGUACGCUAUGGAUCAUCAUUGGUUUAGUGUCUGUCGUUGUGUAUACCUACAUGUGGGCAGUCGUGUAUAGCCACUUUGUCGAACAAAGGAACGAAAAUGAACGUGGUCGAUACUCCAAGCAACCCUACAGACGAUAAUUACAUAGUACAAAAAAAUGAAAUAAUAUUUAAAAUUAGAACAUGAAUUCGCCGCAUACAUGUUUGUAGAUAUUUACUAAUGUGUAAUAAUUUAUUUGUAGCAGUACGAAAAUGGAAUAACUCAUAUUGUUAAGUUUUAAUACU